AUGAACCUCGGCUUCAAUUUUGAUGGCGAAUAUAAUCAAGCUACUUCGAAACAUUUACUCGCUCAUCAGAAUGCCGAUGUGGUCCCGGAUCCAGAUGAUUUCACCCGUGAAGAGCUGCUCAAACUUCUUUCAUAUUUUGAAGGAGAAUUACAAGCUCGAGACGAAGUUGUCACACGCUUGCGGAAUGAACGCACCAAGUUUCUUCUGUACGGUGCUAAGUAUGGAAAACUUGGAGGAAAUGACCCGAUGUGUGCGUUGCGUCGCGAUUCAUCGAUGACUGAGGAGGAGCUGGACGAGUAUCAGAUCGGACAACUUUAUGAAUCACAACUCGUCCAGCUUGAGAGACUCAUAGCUGUACAACGCCGAAGUCACCUUCGAGCGAAAAAUUUGCUGGUCGCAGCAGAGAAGCGCCAUUUCAAAGCUUUGCGGGAACUGGAACUCGAGAAAGAGCGAAAGAGUCGAUAUGCUGCUCAAGGAGACGAUGUUCUUGCGUUACUCGAGAAGGAGCGCGAAAAACUUACCCAACAGUUAGAGAUCCAGAUCAAUGAAGUGGCUGAGAGUAAGGCCGAGACAGAGAGGAUUGAGCGAAAGCUAGAGGCAGAGAAGGAGCGGCACAAAACGAUGGUGUUGUUUCUCAUCAAUGAACGCAAACAGAUGUUGGUGAAGAUGCAUGAAUUACGGGUUAAAUCUGAGUCGUACGCCUCCAACAUGUCGCCCGGUGACCAAGCUUUGCUGGAGGAACUUAAAAAAGAGGUCGCAUUUCUACGGCAAGAACGUGAUUCGCUUAAAAGUGCGAACAAGUCACUUAAGGCAGAGAAUCUUAGCCUUAAAGAGGUAGUCAAGGGUCAGGAAGCGGAUCUUCUUAUAUUGAGGAAAAACUUGAUCUCAUCGACUAAAUUAACUUUCGACAAGCCUGGAACACAUCUUCCCCACCUGGCGGACGAGCGCUCGCUUGUAGUAGCGAACAGAAUGGCGGCGUCAGUCGGCUCAUCUAAUAGUGGUUCUGAUGUUGGUCCUGUUAUGUCUGCUGGCACACUGUCGUCUCGUACGAGGUUAGCGACGUCAAGCAGCUUUCCGGCAGAAAAAAGCCGCCUUCCGCGCGGUCCUUCCUCACCAGCGAGGGGAGUGCCUUCCCCGAGAAUGCCCUCUUCACCAACAAAGAAAACACCUGCAAUGGGACUAGGCACAACUCGGCGACCCCAGCCACCACGGUACACUGAACCUGAGCUGCAAGAACUAGAAGCUGCUAUAGAAUCCAUGACCGCAAGUAACGCGGCGCCAACGUCACCAACAAAACGUAGUAAUAGUUUACCAAGAGGAGGCGGUGGAGAAGCGAAGAAGAUCGAUCCACCACCAGUGUACAGAACGGAGCCAGCGCCACGAAUACCUCCUCAACCGCAAAUGGGAGCGGCAAGCAGAUUAGUUCCACCCGCGCGACCUGACAAUACAUAUCGGAAACCGGCAACAGCAACGAAAAGGAACGGCUUCUCGGCAUUAACAAAAGCGUUUGAUAACUAUUUCAAUAAUACUUCAUAA